AUGAUUCAUCCCUUACACCUUCUUUUGUUCUUUCUUAUCCGAAUAACACGCGGUGAUGACCCAAACAAUUACUUCGUCAGCCCCGCCGAGACCAAUGGCAUCAGACCUGUCUGGACUAUCGGCGAGGAGAAGACCAUAUCGUGGAAAACCACGCAGGAGGAAUUCAACCUCACCUUCUGGCAACACGAUUUAUAUGGCGUUGGCGCAUCCAGUAAAGGCAACAUCUACUCUAAAAUUCACUCUACUGACCAAAUCUCCAACUUCACUUGGGUUGUUCAGCUGUACGGCUUCGACUUGGACCACUCCAAUGUAUUCUUCUUCUGGAUCAACCCCGGUGUACCCGGCAGCCCGAUAUCGUUCUUCAAUAUCACGAGGCCAACCACAACUACAACGAGUAUCACCAUCACAAGUCCGACGGCAUCUCCCACUACCACCAAAACUUCUGUUACAGUUUCUUCAUCUAGUGUUACAGACACGGUCGCACAAUCUACCCCUUCUUCGUCUAGGGAUACCGCACAGCCAACAACAACAACGGGACAAGUAGCCCUCGGGAUAGGAAUAGGUAUUGGUCUUCCUGUGCUCGCAGCUUUGACUGCGCUGGGCCUGCUUCUUGGCCCUUAG